UAGACAAUCUUUGUAGAGUCCGUGUACAAGGUGGGGCAGAGAAUCUCCUGGUCAACUUGUAAAAGUUGAGUGUGUGUCCGUGUAUGGCGGAUUUCUCAGCGAACUACAGGAAAACACGUUAGCAGCUCCUGCUCGUCUCUUCGGGUUGUUUCUCGUCUCGGCUGGAGCUGUGAGCGGCUGGACUGAGGCGGACCACAAUCAUGGCUUCGGGCAAGAACAAGAACCAGACGUCUCUGGCUCUCCAUAAGGUGAUCAUGGUGGGCAGUGGCGGAGUGGGGAAGUCCGCCCUCACCCUGCAGUUCAUGUACGACGAGUUUGUGGAGGACUACGAGCCCACCAAGGCCGACAGCUACAGGAAGAAGGUGGUGCUGGACGGCGAGGACGUUCAGAUCGACAUCCUGGACACGGCGGGUCAGGAGGACUACGCCGCCAUCAGAGACAACUACUUCAGGAGCGGAGAGGGCUUCCUGCUCGUCUUCUCCAUCACAGAGCACGAGUCCUUCACCGCCACCUCUGAGUUCAGGGAGCAGAUCCUGCGGGUGAAGGAGGAGGAGGCUAUCCCUCUCCUCCUGGUGGGGAACAAGUCGGACCUGGAGGAGCGGCGGCAGGUUUCUGCAGACGAGGCCACGGCGAAGGCAGGCGAGUGGGGGGUUCAGUACGUGGAGACCUCGGCCAAGACGAGAGCCAACGUGGACAAGGUGUUUUUCGAUCUCAUGCGCGAGGUCCGCAAGAAGAAAAUGGCGGAGAGCAAAGACAAGAACGGACCGAGCGGCAAGAAGAAGAAAAAGCGUUGCUGCAUACUUUGACCCCUCGAGGUCACAGCCGAGGUGACAAAGUGCCAAAACCAAAAAUAAAAUCUAAAAGGCAGUCAGACGGACUGAUCCAAACAGGCAGCAGCCUCACACCUGCCCCCCCUCACCACACCUGCCCGCCUGACUGCCCGACUGCUGCACCGUUUCUCUGCAUCAACACUCACUCCAUCAGCCGACGAGGGAAACACCCGGGCAUUUUGUUUUUACAACCAAACUAUUGUACAAAAUCUGCAUGAUGAGAAUGUGGUUCCUCCCUGUGUUUGAGAAAAAUCUCACUUCUGUUAUCGUUUGAUUUUAAAAUGUCAGGAAACCCCCGUGUGCGUCCUGAUUCUUCUUCCUCUUUAUGUACGGAUCAGGUCCAAUCUCUCCUGCAGAUGUUGACCCAGCUGCAGGGAUUUACUCCGAGCGUCCAACAGCGACGACCUCACACUUCACCCAGAGGUGUUGGACGAGGCUCGGGUCAGAAAGUGGACCGUGGUGUCCGUGUACUUCCUGUAGCGUCCUCCUCGUUUCUCUUUCUACCUGAUUUAUUUGACAAUCUUGGAUUUUGCUUGUAAUGUCAAGAAAUUCUCACUCCAGAUGUUACAGCGUCACGUCUGUGGUCUCUUUGGAGAGUCUCUUGUAUCUUCACACAUUCCUGAUUCAUGGUCUUUCCCUUCCACACACUCCUUUAGUAAGAAAGCUCUACCCUCACGUUUAUAAUCAAGGUGAAUAAAAGGGACUCUAUUUACGUCAUGUGGUCUUCAUGUCCUGUUUGUUUAUGACGUGUGGAGUGAAUGGACCAAAAUAAAAGGAAAGAACCCUUCAUCCC